GACAGACAGAGAUCCCGAGAACAGGUGCUAAAGCUGUCCCAGCCUUACAGGCGAGGUUAGGAUCCCACAUCUCAGCGAAUGCCUGCUACUGUUUCCGGCCGCUCCCUAGUGAGGCUGCGCGCUGGAUGCCGAAUGGCUGAGACGCCUGCUCUGCUCAUUAUAGGGACUGCGGGCGGACCGACUCGAACCCGGAGAAAAUCCUUUCCUCAUCUUGCUGUCACCGGAGUCCUGCAGCGCUAUGGUUUCCUGGAUCAUCUCUAGGCUAGUAGUGCUAAUAUUUGGCACUCUUUAUCCUGCCUAUUACUCUUACAAAGCUGUAAAAUCAAAGGAUAUUAAAGAAUAUGUGAAAUGGAUGAUGUACUGGAUCAUAUUUGCACUCUUCACAACAGCAGAGACAUUCACAGACAUUUUUCUAUGCUGGUUCCCAUUUUAUUAUGAACUCAAAAUAGCCUUUGUAGCUUGGUUAUUGUCUCCAUACACAAAGGGCUCCAGCCUUCUGUAUAGGAAAUUCGUACACCCAACUUUAUCUUCAAAAGAAAAGGAAAUAGAUGAUUGCUUAGUCCAAGCAAAAGAUCGCAGCUAUGAUGCCCUGGUGCAUUUUGGGAAACGGGGGCUAAAUGUUGCUGCCACAGCUGCUGUAAUGGCAGCUUCCAAGGGUCAAGGAGCGCUGUCAGAGAGGCUCCGGAGUUUUAGCAUGCAAGACCUUACCACAAUUAGAGGAGAGACCAGCAGCACUGCAAUUCCACUUUCGCACGCCCCAUCAGUUUCUGCACGGGCAAGUAGCAAGCAGAGUCAGCCGAAAACUUCCAAAAUUGCAUCAGACAGUAUUGGACGUUCAGAAUACACAUGUUGUUCAGUUUGUCAAAUUGUGCAAGUGGUUCAACUAGAUGGUGAGGCAAAGAAUGAAAAGCCACUUGGAGCAAACUCUAAACCAACUGACAUUGUGUUGUCAGAGGAUGAAAAGAAUGGCUCAUUGGAUAGCACAUCCAAGCCUAAAAGUUCCCCCCCAAAGGACCCAAUCAUUGAGGCACCGCCUAGGAGCCUUAGACCUCGUUUCAGGAAAAAAAGUACCUCAUCUUCUACCACCAAAACCACGAGUGUGUGAUGAACCAUCCAGCACCAAGAUCCACAGAAUGCCUCUCUUCUGCCUUAAAAGAUCUACAUUAUUGUAUGUGAGGGGGGGAGGGGUGAGAGGGAUGUGUUUAUGAUAUUGUAGCAUUUUAGAAAUGAACUUUCUUGUUCUCUUUUUCUUAUGCUGCCACUCGUGUUGCAUUAUAGUUUUCACUGGCAGAAGUAAUGUUUCUUCCUCCCCCGUUUGAUUUCUUUGCAAAAUAGUGGUUUUUUGCCCCCGUUACAGUGAUGGGGUUCAGUAUUUGUAACCAUUAAGUUACAUGAUUUUACCUCUGUUAUUGAACUUAGAAAAUGAAUUUUUAUGUUUCAAAAUCGUAUUUAUUUGGGGGCUUAAUAAGUAUAUUGUGGAUCAGUAAGGGCCAGAUUUUUUCAGACUGUGAAUGAUGUAUUAAGAUUAAUUGUUUUGACAGUAAAAGUAGUGAAAAUAUAAAAACAAACCUAAAUAUGUUACUAUUUCUUCUGUGCAUUCAUUUAUGUGGUUAAUUAUUGUAUAUUCUGUUUCUAAAUCUGUAUAAAAAAUGGACCCACUGGAGUCUUAGAAAUGUAGAGAUGAGAAACAUAUUUAUAGGACUAUACCACUGAUGAAUCUUUGGUUUGAUGCCAUAACUUUCUUAAGACUGAUGUCGUUACUAACUAUGAAAUCAGGUAGACAUUGCAUUCACACUAAUAGAGCUAGAAUUGUGCUAUUAAGAAAUUCACUGUAUAAAAACACAUUGGUACAGUAUUAUCUAACAUGUUGACCAUUUUAAUGGGCAAUAGUGUGACAUGUGUGAGGCAUGUUUACGGUUGCAGUAAUGAAUGCUAAAGUGCAAAUCGUAAUUAGUUUUGGGUGCAAAUCAGUCCUUUGCCCAUAUGAUUUUAAUCCUGUCAUUCUCCCAGCUCACACAUUAUCAUUUAAUUUAGAGAAGUUCACAGAUUUCAGCAGUAAUAUAGCUUCUGGUAUAGAUUACAAGAGUCUGUAGUUAGAUGGUACAGUUGUAAUUAUAGAAAAAUUGUAAACAAGGAAAACAUAUUAGGAUUAAUGUAUUUUAGCUUUGGAUUGAUGUCUCCUAUACGUGUAAAGCAUGAACUCUUGAAGAUUAAACUACGUAUAAACAUUUGUGUUUGCCUUUGUAGCUAUCUCAUUAAAAACAAAAGUACUGUAGAACAUAAACAUGUUGACACUGAGGAUAAAUAGAUUGUGUAUGACACCACUAAUCUAAUCUCCUUCAGGCAAGAUUUUGAAAUGACUGUAUUUCAGUCUCCAUGGUCAACCUUACUGUAUAGAUAGAUAGAUAGAAUUCUUUAUUGGCCAAGUGUAAUUAGACACACAAAUAUAAAGUGGAUAUCUGAAGUAAAUAUAUAGGAUUUUUCCUAGCAUACUUUGGUAUUAGAUUGAGACUUCCUAACUCUCUUAAAAUUCAAAAAAAAAUUAUUGUUGUAACAGCAACAUAUCAAUAGCAGUAUAUGAAAAAUAAUAAAACAAUUGUCUCCAAUUUAAACCAAAUUUGGACCCGUUGCCAUUUCAAUCAGUAAAUAAACAAUUUAAAUGGCAGCUAGAAAAUAUUAAGUUAAAGGACAGGUAUCUCAAAAUCUUUGAUGUAUCAGUUUGCAUAUUUAUUAAGAUUCUAUAGGCAUAUUUUGUCUGUCUCGCUCAUACAUAUGUACCCACUUCAUUAUUAUAUGAAACAAUAGAAGACAUAAGAGUUUUGCCAUUGUGUUAUUAUAUGUAAUUGAAUUUUUUAGAAAAAAGUUGAUAAAUUUAUAUUCAUUUAUGCCAAAAAGAUAUGUUUCUUCUCAAAUUCUAUGACACUUUAUUUUACUUAAAGCUAAUCAAUGUCCUUUUGAUCAGUUGUUUACUAAAAAUAUGACUGUUCUGGGCUUCGUUUUGUAAAUACUGAAGUGACAUUGUUGAAAUUGCCUUAUCUCUUAUAUGAAUUCAUUGUAAAAUUAUUUCUAUCUAGCAAAUGUUCUAAUGCAGCUGAACUGUAUGCUCUAUAUAGCUCAGUGAGAAUCAUGAAAGGCUACUUAAUAAUACAUUCUGGUGGAUUUUUAAUCUGUAAUAUUGUUGGAAACAAAUUGGUCCUGGCUGCUAUAGUAAACUGUUAGAUAUAUGUAGCAAGACCCAUUAGUGCUGGGGAUUUGAAAACUCAAGGCACGUACUUUCUACCAAAAUACUGGGACUAUUGUAUUUCCAUAUAAUGAUGUGCUUUACUGUACACAUUUAAUGAAUAGUUGUUUCCAUUUUCCAAUAUUUUUUGGAUCAAUAUCAGAAGUGAAAUGUGUAUCCAAGAAAACUCCAAUUUCUACAUUACUGAGUCUGAAAUGCCUGAGUUGAACUGCAGAUGUGGGGGCAUCAAUGGAUCGUAUCAGGAAUAUCUAAUGCGUUCCAUCAGCAGUGUUCCUGCUACAGAAGUUUUAGUAUGAUAAAAUGAACUGAGACUAUAGAGAAAAUUCCAAUAUAUAAAGGAAAAAGGAUCCUUUGCCCUGCUGCUUUUUAAAUAAUAGUGAAAGUGGAAUGCCUUUGUCUUCAUGCCAAACUGUAUUUCCAGUUUUCAAUCUAGCCACCAUCCUAGAAUUGUACAUCCAAGUACUAAAUAGAUCUGACUCUCUUUUUUAGCUGCAUAAUAGCUAAGCUUGCUACCUGCUGCCACCCUUUGUAAAUGCAAACCUAGCACAGUAUUACAAUACCUCGCAUUUACUAAAUACUCAAUCCAGAUUUUUUUUCAUGAGGAAAUAAGCCAGUGGUUUAGGUCCAUAAUCUGUAAUUAGUUUAUUAUUAUGGUCAUAGACCAUAAAAAUAAGUACCUCAAUAUCAACUAAAUAUGAUAUAUAGUAUAUUUGGAUUUACCCUUUUUGAAGCAGUUGUUUAUUUCUGUCAUAGCCAGUAUAUUGAAUCUGGCUAUGCUAGAUUCUUUGCCUCCUGAUUAAUUAAUAGGAGGUUGACAUAAUCAUCUUCAAUCUUGGCUAAAUAUUGUCAUAAUGGGAAAUUAUAUAUACACACACACCCUUCCACCUGCCUUUUGAAGGGAGUCUUUGUAACUUGAUGAUAUAUCAUAUAUAUAAUAUAUGACAAUAUAUAUAUUAGGUUACAAAAUCUCCCUUCAAGAGGCAAAUUGAAGGGUAUUUUAGAGACCAGUGUAAAACCUCUUUUGGCAUUUUAAUAUCAAAAGAUGAUAAUAAACAUAGUAGGCAGGUGCAAUAGUUUUUAGGGAUUGAUCGGUAUGAGGUAAGGUGGAUCUGGAUGAAAUCAUUCUGGAAUUUUUUUUGGCAUGUUGCUUAAAUAAUUAAUUGGCAUUUUAAAAAUUAUUAAGAUCAAUGCAUUAGGGGAAGGUUCACGGUACCUUGGGGUGGAAUUUAAAUGAUUUCCAUCAAGAAGACUAGAAUUUAUUUUUUUAAGAGAAUUGCCAGACCUCUUGGGUUGAGAAUUAAUUUAAGCCAAUAACUAGAUGCUUGACCCAUUUCAUUCUUGGCCUAUGUCUGGAGUGCAUCAUGAAACCCAAAAUGUAGCUCUUAGAAUAGCUAAUUGAAUAGCGCUAUAUUCUAGGCACAUAUUUGAAAGCUGUAAAUUAGCUGUAUUAUUGCUUUGAUCACAAACACUUUUAGUCAGCCUAGUAUAUGAUUACCUCCUUUCAUAAAAAAAAGCCUUAAGAUAGCUGCUGCACUCCUUUUUACCUUCUCUUUUAAAAACUGAAUUCAGGCCUUUAAGUGCCUGCCAAUAACUGUUCUGAAAUAUUGAAAAGACUGAACCUGUUCUAUAACAUUCCCAUUAAUUUGCCAUGAAUAUUUAUAUUCAGCAGAUCUUUUUGAAUAGAUCAUUAAGUUUUGUUUUUUUGAUAAUUAAUAAUCAGACCAGUAUCUGUUGUUUAGGUCCUAAAGUUGGUAUAUUUGCCUUAGUCUUUGAACCUUUACUCUUGAGACACAGGAAGCAAUGUUCAGUGAGAGUCUGCUUUUUUGCCUACCAAAGGCAUAGAUAUCAUUGAUACGCUGUCAUCCCCAAUUAGAAGAUUCAGAUGCUCAAAAGGCUACCAAAGAACUUGAAUUGCUGCUACCAAUUAGAAAACUUAAAGAGGGCAAAUGGAGAAAUAGUUUUUACCUACUCAAAGGCAACUUCUUAUGCAAUUAGUGGUUAAGGCAUCAUGUUAGAAACCAAGAGACUGUGAGUUCUAAUCCCACUUAGAUAUGAUAGCCAGUUAGGUGACUAGAUCAGUCACUCUUUUCUCAGCCCAAUCCAUCUCACAAGAUAGUUGUUAUGGGGAAAAUAGGAGGAAGGAAUAUUAGGUAGGUUAGCCAUCUUGAGUUAUUUAUAAAAAUAAUAAAGGUGGAAUAUAAAUAUAAAUGUUAAGCAGAAAAACUGCUCCAUAUUCAAGACAAAAUCUGCAAGCAAAAAUUAAAAAGAAUAUAUGUGGAAAGAGGAAAUAAAAUUCUUAUUAAAUAAGAUAUUAUUUAGAAAAAGAAGACAAAUCCUGAAUACAAUAUUGGAUGGUCCCUAGCCAAGUGUACAUGGUCUACUACUUUCAAGCUGUGCUCUGCAAGAUAUAUGUAUUAAAUGUAUGAAAGUGUAUUUGUGGUAAAUGUUUCAUAAGUAAUUUUUCUUUUUUGCAAUAACAUAUUUUAUAUUUGGCACACUAUGUGUAUUUGGAAAGUUACAUUAAUGUCUAACAUCUCAGAUUAAUCUGGAUAACUAAGGUGUUUUUCCUCUUUUGAGUUAUAGCAAAUUGCAUAGAGCACUAAAGAAUGCACUGUGUGAUCAGACACUACAACAGUAUUCCAAAGGUCAAUGUUUUAUUAUGCUUGAUAAACACUGAAAAUAAAGUCUUAAACUUUUCUUUUCUGAAAGAAAUGGCUGUUCUGUUCAAUAAUAUUAUGCUUAAUUGUAUGGUUUUGUAGUGCUCUAUUUCUUAUAAAUGUUCUAUCUCUUCAAUACUUUCUGUGUUGUCAUUGAAAGGCUUCUUAAGAGCUCUCAGAGAUACCAAAGAAUUACUUAGAGAAUCAAAGUGGCAUUCUGGUUAGUUUCAAACCAGGACCAUAAAAAGUUAAAUUCAAGUUUCUCAUCAGUUUGAACUUUAGUUGGUGACCUAUCAAUUAUUUUCUCACUCAAAACUAAACCCUGUUUUUGGAGAUAAUUAUCGAAGUAUAUCCUUCUGAACUCCAUAUAAUAAAUAAUUGAAAAAAUAGAUUAGUGUGCCUUAUUUUUUUCAGAUAGCAGUAAGUUAAAUUUAUCCCAAUAUUUACCCUGACAAAUGUAUCUGUUUUCUUUAAUAAUUUAAAAAAAACAGUGAAGGCAUAACUCUCCAAGAGCA